GCAGUGUGCCGGCGCCGUGGCCGCGGCCGGAGGUGCAGUCCCGCAGCAGCGGCUGGGUCGCGGUCUCUCUGGAGGAUGCUGUGACGGCAGCAGCGGUGCCCGGCUCGGGGCCAUGGCAGCAGCGCAGGCAGCGGCAGGCAGCUCGGCAGGGCCGGGCAGCAGCGCGGCCGUGGCCGUGUGGGAGUGGCAGGACGAGCUGGGCCGCUGGAGACCCUACCCGGGCAGCGUCUGCGGCUACAUCGAGCAGCAGUUCCAGGCCGCCCAGCAGCGGGGCCGGCGCUCGGGCACGGGGCCGGGCAGCAGCAUCCCGCUGGGGCAGGCAGACCCUGCCCUGGCACCCUACGUGAUCGACAUCCCCAGCAUGACCCAGUUCCGGCAGGACACCGGCACCAUGAGGGCUGUCCAGCGGCAGCUGUUCCCCGGGGACUCGGCGGCCGGGCAGGGCAUCGUCUGGGAGUGGCAGAACGACGAGGGCGGUUGGUGCCCGUACCAGAUGAGCGUCACCGUGCUGCUGGAGCAGGCGCACGCCGCCAGCCGCCCGCGGGUGGACCUGGCCCCGCUGGGCUACAGCUACGAGGUGGACCUGGCGGCGCAGGUGCAGACCAACACGGCCACGCGGUUCCGCCGCGGCGUGCGGCGCCGCCGGGACACGCCCUACCCGCCCUGCGCCCCGCCCUGCUCCUGCCAGCAGUGCGCCGCCGCCGCCGCCGGGCCCCUCACCGCCCGACACCGCCACGGCCUCGCCGGCCUCCCCAGCGCCGCCUCCGCCGCCGCCUUCCUGCCCUACAGCAAACCCUCCGCGCCCGGGGCCAGGCCCACGCCGCGGCUCGCUGCGCACAGCUCCUGGGCACCGCCGCAGCCCGCGGGACCCAGCGCGGCGCUGGCUGUGUCCAACGGAGUCAGUGUCCCAAACCUGCCAGUUAAGAUGCCCAAGCCCAGCAAGGUGACCCAGGCCCUGGCAGGCAUCUCAGCUAUACUGAUGUCAGCCGCCGGACUCCCUGUGCACAUCACCUCUGUGCCUGCAGCUGCCACCACCCAUAGAGCCUCUAAAAAACACAGCUCAGUUAAGGAGGGGAGGAAAGUGUCCAAGAAAGAGAACCCAACGGAGCCAGAGGCAGUGGUGAGGAGGUACCUGGAAGAGGUGAAGGGCUCCCCUCCGGAUGAGGACUGCAUCAUCUGCAUGGAGAAGCUGUCCUGCCCCUCGGGCUACGGCGACGCGCCGGAGGCUGGCAGCAUCAAGCCGGAGCUGGUCGGGCGCCUGCGCAGCUGCCAGCAUCCCUUCCACCUGCUCUGCCUGCUGGCCAUGUACUCCAACGGCAACAAGGACGGCAGCCUGCAGUGCCCCUCCUGUAAGACCAUCUAUGGGGAGAAGACAGGCACUCAGCCCAAAGGCAGGAUGGAGGUCUCCACCUUCCCCCAGUCCCUCCCCGGCCACGGGGACUGUGGCACCAUCCAGAUCGUGUAUCACAUCAGCAGGGGCAUUCAGGGCCCUGAGCACCCCAACCCUGGGCUGCCCUACACGGCGAGAGGCUUCCCCCGCUACUGCUACCUGCCAGACAACGAGAAGGGCAGGAAGGUCCUGGAGCUCCUGAGGGUGGCCUGGAAGCGUCGCCUGAUUUUUACCGUGGGCACCUCCAGCACCACCGGCGAGAGCAACACUGUGGUGUGGAACGAGAUCCACCACAAGACAGAGAUGGACACCAACCUGAGUGGCCAUGGCUACCCUGACCCCAACUACCUGGACAAUGUGCUGGCAGAGCUGGCUGCACAGGGGGUGACCGAGGACUGCCUCAGACACUGAUGCCAGGGCCGGUGCCAGGCUGCCCGGUGGCCACGCGUGGGUUGGUUGGCAGGGCCUCCCCCACCCACCCCCACCCAACCUGCUGCUGCACUUCUUCCUGUGCCUUACCUUCUGUGUCUGUCACAUACAGCAAUAAGAUUGAUUCUGCAGGAGCCUGCUCCCCCA